AUGAAGUCUUCAUUCUGCGCCCUCGGCCUCUUGACAGUCGCACAGGCUGUUGCAGUCCCGAGCGGCAACACCAACGGGGUUACCAGACGCACCAACGACAACAAGGCCCCCAGUCCCUUUACAUUUACCUCUACUUUUAAUGUCAUUGCCAAGCCCGAGAAUGUGGUUGACGCGCAAAACAACUUUACUGGAGGCCUGCAGGGCAGCAGCGGCACAUUCAAAUUUGGCAUCAACUCGAAUGAGAAUGUGAUUUGCUACAACAUCACCAUCACUGGCUUCCGCGGCGACUACCAGUCACCUGCCAGGUCUGCUACUCAUAUCCACGAAGCCGCCGUGGGAAAGUCUGGCCCGCCUCGUAUUGCCUUUCCGAACCCCAUCGGUUCUGGUGAUGGUCCCCGACAAAGCAUUGGCUGCCUUACAGGCCCUUUCGUCACGGGUGUCAACGCAAGCAACAAAGACACUGGCGACGGUUUCCACGUCCGCCAGAUCGAACAGAACCCUUCCAUGUUCUUUGCCGAUGUCCACUCCAGCCUGGCUGUUCCUGGAGCCUUCCGCGGCCAAUUGGAUGAGAAAAAAUCUUGCUGA